AUGAUUCUAACACAGUCAACAACCCAUUGGGGCAGUCAGCCUCCGCAACAACCGCAGCAGCAAGAAGGGUUGUUCCCUACAUAUUCACCCAAUAGCCACCAUGAUCAACAUCAGGAGCAAUAUCAGUUGGGUAAUCAGCUCUGCUACUACCAAAAUUUUCAAUUAGAGCAGCAACAGCAACGGCAACAGGAACAGGAACAGCAACAAUUCCCGUACCAAUCCUGCCCAUACCAAUAUCAGCAUCACCAACCUCCUAAUCGCCUCAAGUCCAAUCGCCAAGGCGAUCCUAGGGCCCGUCUGGCCCUACCUCGCCUGGACACUUCAUCUCCCGCUGUCCGGCCCCGCACCCAAACCAUCAAGCGGCCGAGAUACUAUGCUAACUUCCAGAUGAGCACGCCUGUUACCACAUCCGUCUCCUCCACCACGUCCACUCCACUCUCCCCAAGCGCUACAUCUCAAGUCAUUUCCAAGGGCCCUCAACGCCGAGCGUCCUUCUCAUUAUUCCCAGAGGCAGACAGCGCGAGCACAGGAUCCUCGAAUCCUAGACGGCCUGCGUCAUCAGCGGCAGCAACGGCACUAAUAUCCGCACCAUGCCCAAGUUCAUCACCGGGCUUUGUGUUUCCCAACCCGAUGAAGAAUCAAAUCGAUAACGUCCCAUGUUCCACUAAGGCUAUGAAAUCCCGAACGCUCUUUGGGGGUGUCGUAUCUAUCGUAUCCUCGUCGCGCAAGGAGCGCAGACUGGUGAAAAAGCAGAAGUCAAUACCCAAUCUCCCGGAUGCCAGUCCUGUGGUUCACCCUAAGAAAGAGCUGAAGCGCUCUCGGUCGCUGUUUGGAUUAUUGUGGAAGUUGCAAAUAUAUCAAAUGAAUGAUGAUAUAGACGAGUCAGUACCAUUUCCAGAUGAAGUUCUGAAUUUCACUAUUGAGGACUCGAAGGUUAUUACAUCUUGUGUGAUCAGCAUUUCCAGCCGGGGAUCGCUUUUCUCUUCUUAUAACCACGUAAAUACGGCGAUCUGUCCCGGAUUGACCGGUGUUGUAUAUAACGAAACCGCCGCUCUUCGACCUGAGACAUCCGGUUGA